UGAAUAGGUACCUCUUAUCUAAAUGUUCCAGGCGGGGGUAGGUACCUCAUAAUCAAUAAUAAGAGAAAUUCGCAUACAUAUAAGUCGAGACUUAGACCAUUGAGAUCAAACUUCACGUUUGAAGUCAAGAAUCUCCAUAAGAGAUUCAGGUACUACACGUUAAACGGACUACAUACGACAGCAUCUCCUCAAUAUCAUAAUCAAACACGAUGGCGCCCCGCACAGACUUCCCGCCCAUAAGAGCCUGCCUCUUCGACAUGGACGGUCUGCUUCUUGACACCGAAGAUCUCUAUACACUCUGCAUAAACCUCAUCCUCGAAAAAUACGGCAAAAGUACGCUGCCCUGGUCUAUCAAGGCUAGAUUGCAAGGCCGACCUGGUCCUGAAGCAAAUGCCCUCUUUCACGAAUGGGCCCAGCUGCCCGUCGAAGAGUCCGACUACCUUGCCCAGCUUACUGCUUUACAGCAGCAGCACUUCCCAACCGCAAAGCCUUUACCAGGUGUAGAAAAGUUGCUUGGGGACCUGGGAAGGACACGUUGGUGGGAUAUAAAGGAUGAAGAAGGCGUUAGGAACGGGGAUAAAGGAGAGAGUGGUGAAAAGAAACAGCAAAGAGUCCAUAUUGCGCUGGCGACCAGCAGCACUACUUCUAAUUUCACAGUCAAAACUUCCAAAUGGACCGAAUUAUUUUCCGUGUUCGAAUCCCAUCGAAGGGUGCUAGGCGAUGACAAGCGCAUCCAGCCCGGCCGAGGGAAACCCCUCCCGGAUAUCUACCUCCUUGCACUAAAGGCUAUCAACGAUAGCCUCGAGGCUGGCGAAAAACCAAUUACACCUGAAGAAUGCCUCGUCUUUGAGGACAGCGUCCCAGGAGUCGAAGCCGGAAGACGAGCAGGCAUGAGAGUAGUAUGGUGCCCUCACCCGAUGCUGAAGAAGGAAUACGAAGGCCGAGAACCAGAGAUCCUGGCUGGACGUAUGGGUGAGGCAGGCGAUAUUGAUGUGCACCAAUUAGGAGAUAUUGGCGACGGAUGGGCCGACUACUACGCUGACCUAACCAACUUUCCAUAUGAAAAAUAUGGAAUAGUAGUCCCGCCUGCUGAGGCAGAACUGGAUGCGGCUAUGAAGGAGGAUACCAAGGAAGGACUAAUUACCCAGGACGCCAAAACUGCAACAACAUAAGCAUUAGAAGGCAGACGUAUAGACUAUAGAAUACAUAUUAGGAUCGACGAUCUGAGACUCUAUAACGAUAAGAAAGAAUAUACCAUCAUUGUUAAACCUAGGUCAUUGCUUAGUCCACAUAGCAAUAACUAUGAAAUUAAUUA